CCUUAUGAAUUAAAAUUGCCCAUGAUCGAUGUUCCCUUUCAUUGGUAUCCUGAUCAAAACAAAGCACCAAGUGCAUUGAAAGAUUUAGAUGGAAUUAUAAAAGGAGCUGAUGCGUAUAUAAUGGUAGUUGGAGAGUACAAUCAAACAAUUCCUCCUGCCUUGACCAACCUCCUAGAUUAUUUUUCCCCGAAUAGUUAUGCGUACAGGCCAGCUGGCAUCGUUUCCUACACACCAGGCUAUCGUGGGGCCUGUAUUUCUGCUGUUCAUCUCCGGAGUAUGCUUGCUGAGUUAGGCUGCAUCUGUAUCCCUGAUAUAUUGAAUAUUCCCUACGUGACUAAACGCAUUGACGAAGACGGAAAUUUAGACAUUACUUGCCCAGAAGGCAAAGAUUUAGAUGCGCACUUUGAUUUGCUGCUAACUCAACUUAUUUAUGUAUCUGAGGCUAUGAAAAAACAAAAGGAAGUUUAUAUGGCUUCUGGAAAAGCGAUGCCGAAGUUGCAUCCAUACCUUUAA